AGGCGUCGAAGUGACUUGUUGUUAAUGUUGGAUCCCGUAGUUCGAUGUGGCUAUGGGUGGUGGCCAGACAUAACGACAUAGCAGGAGUCUCCGGUGACACGGUUGCGUUUGGAUUUGACGUAGUUGCUUCUACUCUCACAUUACGGGACAUUUUUUGUAGCUCCUCGAAUUUUAGGUUCUACUGUGCAAAACUGAGACCUAGAGAUCACGUAUUUGUUUGGAACCAUGCGCGUCUGUAACGGAAUCAAAACAAUGCAGAGUGGCACAAAUAAAUCACAUACAGCCAAUGAAUUAAGUGACGCGGUGUCUGUGUCUUUAGGUUUGAGUUCGCAGUUUAACGAGAUAGUGGAUAAUGGACGGGGCGACACUCCGUUCUCUGCAGACAGCGGCCCAAAUCACGGAAACCGUUUCUCCGUCUCGGAGGAUUUUGGAGAUGGCGCCAGUUUGACCUCAGAGUUAACCACCCAGAUGCCGAGGAAAACGAUAAUUAUAUCAAAUGGGCCAUCAUUCGAAGUAAAUCAAGACAUUUGUGGACCAAAUUACUUGGGAUUUUUACAGACCCCGGAGCGAGAAAGGGACAGCGAAUGGAACGUGACAAGGCCUACGCACGAUUUGGAGAUGGCCCGAGAUCCCCGUAAAAACUCGGACAUGUUCGUGAAUCUGGAUAACGGUAACGCAGUGCCCUCUCAGUUUGACGAACUGUUACCUUUAAGUUCUCCAUUACGCAAAGACCCCCCAGCCCUGGUGUUUGGUAGGGACUUUCCGGACACAUCGACAGUUAAUGAUCAAAUCCAAAGCAGCCGUAACAUCAAAAUCGAACCAGGGCACGAGGGACCCUGUCCCGUGGCGGAUGGAUAUUGGUUCUGUAAAUAUUGUGACAACGGAAAUUGCAUGUCUCGUGGAGCACGUAAACCCUUUCCCUGUACUUCGUUCCCUGGGGUUAACUAUACGGACUAUGACUCUGGGAUGCCACAGGAGUUUCAUGUCCAGGCGCAAAGUUACCAAAGUGUGAUGAUGGGUGAAAGGGGUCUCCAAGUGUAUCACUCCGCUAUCAAGAAGGAUAGUUCUGGAUGGAUGGGUGCUGACCCCAGCUUGAGAUGUGAGGAUAUGUUGCCAGUGAGGGUGUAUUUCUCAGACCGGAGGGUGUGUAAGGUAUGUGGAGACGAGGCGUCAGGCUGUCACUAUGGAGCUGUUACCUGUGGGAGCUGCAAGGUGUUCUUCAAGAGGGCCGCAGAGAGUAAGCAGAAUCACCUGUGCGCCAGCCGUAAUGACUGCACCAUCGAUAAGCUGAGGAGGAAGAACUGUCCUUCCUGUCGUCUCAGCAGAUGCUUCCAGUCUGGAAUGAGCCUCAAAGGCCGGAAGCUGAGGGGAGCUGGCCCGCUGAAAGGAGUAGUGGAGGGGGGAACACAGGCACCCGGCAGAGAGAGGACUGGAGAGAGGGGAGGAGAGAGGACGGGGGGACUACAGUUAUCCACCGUUUCCCCACAGGCUAAAUGUGAGGAUCAAUAUUACCGCUGUGCUGCUCUGCAGGCUCCCACUCUUGGCCCCUCCCCCAGCCUACGCCCCUCCCUCCUCAACGUCCUCAGUUCCAUCGAGCCAGGAAUGGUCAACGCAGGCCAUGACACCUCCCAGCCAGACUGUUUCACCUCCCUACUGUCCAGCCUCAACGAGCUGGGAGAGAGACAACUUGUGUCUGUGGUGAACUGGGCUAAAGCCAUGCCAGGUUUCAGAGAGCUGUAUGUAGAAGACCAGAUGUCAGUGAUCCAGUCUUCAUGGCUGGGGUUGAUGGUGUUCGCUCUGGGCUGGAGGUCUUACACUAACACAGACGCUAGAGAGCUCUACUUCGCUCCUGACCUCAUCUUCAACGAUCAGAGGAUGCGUGUGUCCAGUAUGUAUGAACACUGUGUCCAGUUCCGUCUGCUGUCCCAGAGGUUCUGUAUGCUCAGAGUCACCCAGGACGAGUUCCUCUGUAUGAAGGCUCUGCUCCUCUUCAGCAUCAUCCCCGUGGAGGGUCUGAGGAAUCAGAAGUGUUUUGACGAGCUGAGGAUCUCUUACAUCAAGGAGCUGGAUCGUCUGGCCAGCUACCACGGAGAAAAACACCACACACAACGCCUGUUCCAGCUAACACAACUACUGGACUUCCUACACCCGAUUGUGAGGAAGCUGCACCAGUUCACCUAUGAUCUGUUUAUCCAGGCCCAGUCUCUGCCCACCAGAGUCAGCUAUCCAGAGAUGAUCUCUGAGAUUGUCAGCGUUCACGUGCCCAAGAUGCUCACAGGCAUGGUUCAGCCAAUCCUCUUUCACAAUGCACCUUGCUAGAGGGUCUUCCUAUCACAAUGCACCUUGCUAGAGGGUCUUUCUAUCACAAUGCACCUUGCUAGAGGAUCUUCCUAUCACAAUGCACCUUGCUAGAGGGUCUUCCUAUCACAAUGCACCUUGCUAGAGGGUCUUCCUAUCACAAUGCACCUUGCUAGAGGGUCUUCCUAUCACAAUGCACCUUGCUAGAGGGUCAUACCAUCAUAAUUCAUCCUAAAAGAGGGACAGACAAUAACAAAACAAUCUGCUAGACAUUCAACCCAGGGUCCCCCAUUGAUUUUGUCAGUCUCUCUCACUCAGAUAUCAUAUCAACAUGGCGUAAGUCCUGGCAAAAUGUGUAGAAUUGUAGAAAAUUGGCUUUAAAACAG